AUCAGAAUAUUUCGAAACUAAGAAGCCAGUACAAAGCCUCGAUUACUGUCCCUGACUGUCCGGGCCCUGAACGAAUGCUGACACUGUCUUCAGAUAUGGAAACGGUUUGCAAUAUAAUCAACGAUGUUAUUCCCUGUUUGGAAGAGAAUGGAAGUCGUAUGGGAAAUGGGGAAGAUUUAGACUUGCGAAUGAUGAUUCAUCAGAGCCAAGCAGGAUGUGUCAUCGGAAAAGGUGGAAGUAAAAUAAAGGAAAUCAGAGAUCAAAUCGGUACAAGGAUAAAAAUUUUUUCCAAUUGCGCUCCUCAAAGUACUGACCGAGUCAUUCAAAUCAUAGGAUCACCGGAUAAAUGUAUUGAUACAAUAAAAGAAAUACUUCUUCUACUUAAAUCGAAUCCAAUAAAAGGUGCUGUAAAUCCUUAUGAUCCUCACAAUUUUGAUGAAUUUUACUCAGAAGAAUAUGGAGGGUUCGGUGGAGGAAAUGCAGGAGGGACCCGCCAAGGUCCUGGCGGUGGAGGUGGAGGAGGGGGUGGUCCACGUGGUGGAGGUAGAGCCGGUGGGAGUGGUAAUAGGGGACCACCGUCGAAUAUGGGUAAUAGAAACAUGAGAAGUGGUGAUUUUGGUGGUCGCGGAAAUGGUGGACCCCCUCCAAGAGGAGGAGGCUUCGGUGGAAGAGGUGGAAAUAUGGGUGGAGGAUUUAAUCCCCGUGGUGGUAAUAUGGGUGGUCCUCCUCCAUCUUCUAGGGGUUUCGGAGGAGGUAAUGAUCGUGGAUUCAAUUUACCACCAUCACGAGGCAAUGAUAUGCCUGGAAGCGGCGGUAGUAGCGGAGGUGGAUUUGGAAGAAAUUCGACUUGGAACUCUCCAAUGAAUCGUCCCGGAGGAUCUGUGGGUGGUGGAGGAAGUGGAAACCAACCCCAUUCCGGGAGUUUAAUGGCAGGUGCAGGUGGUCGAAUGAGUAGCGGAAGGAUGAACCAACCACCGCCAAUAGGUGGCGGCAUGCCGCCAAACGGCCCUGGUAAAAAUUCCACACAAGUCACCAUUCCGAAAGACUUAGCUGGAGCAAUAAUUGGUAAAGGGGGAGGAAGAAUACGAAAAAUACGGGCGGAUUCUGGUGCCGGAAUAACUAUAGACGAACCACUUCCAGGGUCAAAUGACCGCAUUAUUACUAUAACUGGGUCGCCGAAUCAGAUUCAAAUGGCACAAUAUCUUCUACAACAAAGCGUCCACAACAAUACGGAUAAUCGAAACUACUAAAUUGGUAACAGUCUGAAGUUUCUCAUCAUUUUUUAGUUAAGCUAAUAUUUCCUAAGUUUUAGUUUUAAUUUGAAUUUUUACGAAUUAUUUCAAAUUUUGUGAACGUAAUUUUUGCAUGCUUAUAUUUUAUACAUACUAUCCAUUAGUUACAUAUGUUCAUCAUGUGAAUUUGCAUUUACUAUGUAGCAUAUAACUAAACAUUAUUUAGCAUUAAGUUUUAAGUUCAUAAAUGCAUCAGUAUUGAAGAUGAAUACCUUUCCUAUUGUAAGCAUUUGAAAAGUUUUAUCUUUUGAAUAUGCAUCACAUUUUAGAAUGUCAUUUUUUUUAUUAACUGAAAUAAACUAAACCUUAAACAAUUGGAGAAACAAAUAUACAUGCAGUUUUUUGACGAAACAGAUUUUCCUUUAUUUUCUUACAUUUAUUACAGUAAAUAAAUAUUUUUUUUGUAUGAGCUUUUGCUAGCUCUAUUUCUGUUUAAUUGAUUAUGUAAGUCGGUUCUUUUUUUAUAUUGAACAAGUAUUGUACGAAAUGGAGGUUCUUAACGAAUGACAUUUUAUUGUCAGGGAACAAAAAGUACAAAAUAUACCCAACGUUCUUUUAGAACUACUACAACUAAUAUAAAAUACAUAGCAACCAAAUAUUUUUAAUAGCUUAAGUUACGAAGUAUUGCGUGUUUUACAAAGCGAAAAUAUUGUAUGCUAUCGGCAAAUAAACAGUAAUUAACUGAA